GUGGUUUUGUCCAAAGAGUUUCUCUGCACCGUUGUGUCUACGCAUUUGAGAGGUCUUGCUAGACGUAAUAGGAAAGGUACAUUCAGUGUGCACUUGGCCGUUAUCUGUCUGUUUUGUUCCGUGAAACGUGGGCUUGUCCUUUUACGUCCUGCGCUUACUUGUCGUAUCCAUUUUGCUUUGGCUGAAAAGACACAAUGUUCAAAAGGUUACUUCAUACAACCGUCCCGGUGUUCUCCAGGGCUUCAAAGCUACAACACCAUCUGAAGCCUGGUGGGCCUGACUCGAUGCUGUCAUUUGAGCAGGAAUAUGCGAUAAGAUCGUCACUGGAAAGAUUCAUAUCGGAUUACAGCUCAAAGCAACUGCCUCAGAUUACUCUAAACUCGUUGAUUGAGUUGGCAAAAUCGGAUUCAAAGACUAGAGGCAAAGCCACUGUGGACUAUAUGACCAUCUACAACGCAAAGAGAUUGGCAGCGUUCAGACACUUACCUUACCUUGUUGUUUUGAACCCCCAUAUCGCCGAAACGUAUAGCCAUUACCUCAGAUCUCUAGAGCUGUUGUUGCAAUUGCAGCGAGUUGAAGACCCUCAAAGGAUCCAUGACGUGCUGUGCCAAGUUACAGAUAUCCACGCGGAUGCUAUCCCGUCCUUAUCACAGGGAUUUCAAGAGGUUUCAAGAUUCCAUCCAAGAGACCAAAUCGUAAGCUUCCUGAACGAUCACUUCAGGGACAAGAUCAACAUGGAAACGAUAUCCUCCAACUAUGUGACUCAACACGAGAAUUUGGAAGACCAUGUUGGUAUUGUAUAUGCCAAAAUGAAGCCUUCUGAACUGAUCAACAUCCUCGCAGGCUAUGUCAACGAUAUGACGUUUAUAAAGUACUACAAGACGGUCCCAGUGAAGGUGGACUUUGGUGAAGAUAUCGAAUUCCCCUAUAUCCGUCACCAUUUUGAAUACGUGUGCACAGAACUGUUGAAGAAUGCCAUAAGGGCACAGAUUGAAACAGAUAGAUUGGACUCCCCUGUUCUUGUCACCAUCGUGCAAGACACCUCACCUUCUGGCCAUCGCACGCUGAGUCUUCGUUUCCGUGAUGAAGGUGGUGGUAUAAGCCCAGAUAUUGAGGCUAAUGUCUUUGACUACUCCUUCACCUCCGUGGAAGCACAGGAGAAGCAAAACGGUAUGGGAGACAACGUCAUGCCUGGCGAAGACCUUGCAAUGGUUGCCGGCAUGGGCUAUGGCUUGCCCUUGACGAAGGCCUAUGUUGAACAAUUUGGUGGUAAGUUGGAAUUGCAA